UCCUGUGAGCACCACACCUCACUGCAUGAGACCUGGCUUUCUGGCAAUAGAGGGAGCUUGUCCAGUUGGUGAGGAGACUUUACAAAUACGACAUUGGAGCAACUGAGGCUCAGUUCAGAUGCAAACAUCUCAAAGUUCACAUAAUACAUACUCAGUAUCCAAGAGAAAAAAGCAACUUAGAUUAAAAGUUCGAACUGCAAAAUGAGCUUUGAUGUUCCAAACUCCACCCAUUUUGGCUUCAUCAGAAUGUGUGUACCUUUCUGUGAAACACUGCGGUAGCACAGACCUUGGCAUCACUCAACUGCAGAGAUGAUUAAUGAAGGAGUCACCUACGCAGAACUGAAUGUGGCAAAGAAGUCCAGGGACCAGCAACGGAAACCAAGGGGCACUCACAGUUCCAUUUCAGUAGUGGAGCAGGAAAUCACUUAUGCAGAAUUCAACUUUCAAAAAGCUUCUCCAGAGCAUCCCGCCAUCUGCAGGGACUGCUGCUGCAAAGGCUUUCCAUGUCCUCCAGAAAAACUCAUCGCUGGGACCCUGGGCAUCAUCGGCUUUGCCUUAAUGGUUGCUGUGGUUGUAGUUAGUACAGUGACCACUCCAUAUACUGAAGCAAAGGUGCAGAUCAACACAUCCUUGACUACAACCCACAGAGCACACCCUUGCGGCUGUUGUCCAAAGGAGUCGAUAUCAUAUUCCCACAACUGUUAUUACACUGGUGUGGAGAAAAAAUCUUGGAAUGACAGUUUGGUGUCCUGCGCUUCCAAAAACUGUAAUCUGCUUUACAUAGAUAGUGAAGAGGAGCAGAUAUUUCAACUGGACAAAAGGCUCCAGUUCUCUGGGCCCCUCCUUUUUGACUGCAUGAGCAUGUGUAGCUUUUUAAGUAGGCUCGCCAUAGCACAGCUCACAAGUAGAAUCGCGGAACAACACAGAUCUGACAUCACUGGCCUGCAGACACCAGACAUGGAUCGACUGUUUGGAACUGAACGUGCCUCAGAACGCAGGGAAGUAGCAAAGAAAACCCAGUCGCAGAUCCGUUUCAGUAAAGGAGCAGAAGAGGGCCUGCUGGAGCCCAGACUUCAAAGUGCUUCCCAGAAGCAUCCCAAGACCCACAGGCGCUGCUACUGCAAAAAUUUCUCAUCGCCUCCAGAGAAGCUCAUCUCUGGGAUCUUGGGCAUCAUCUGGUUUGCCUUAUUGGUGGCUUUGGUGAUAGUAACCAGAGUUGUCUCGUCAUAUACUGAACCAAAGGAACAGAUUCACUCACUCUUGAUCAAAACCCAGAAAGGUACACACCAUAAUAUUUCUUCAGCACAUCCUUGUAGUCAUUGUCCAAAGGAGUGGAUAUCUUAUUCCCACAAUUGUUUUCAUAUUGGUGUGGAGAAAAAAACAUGGAGUGACAGUGUGGUGUCCUGUGCUUCCAAAAACUGUAAUCUGCUUUACAUAGAUAGUGAAGAGGAGCAGGACUUUCUGCAAUCCCUCUCACUGGUCUCAUGGGUUGGAGUCUCCCGGAAGAGCAGAGGUCAACCCUGGGUUUGGAAAAAUGACUCAAAUUUCAAACCAAAGAUAUCAGAGGUUCCCUAUGAUGAGAUUAACUGUGCCAUGCUGUCAACAUCUGGCCUCACAGCAGACAACUGUACAGCUUUACAUACAUAUCUUUGUGAGUGUAAGCUCACAAACUGAAACCCCUGCACCUGGAGUCUGCCAGGUAUGGUUUCAAUGCAUAACCUGAAAAUAGAAUUGUGAUUGAGUACA